UCAGAUCUCAUCUUGCCGACCCUCUACCCGUUUGCAACCAGCUCCACCCCAUGCUCCGUAGGCGCGCACACACGCGGGCAAGCGCGCGCACACACACACACACACACACACACACACACGCGGACGGACGCACGGGGCUGCGCAGCAGUCGCGGCUGCCUCCGAUCGGGCUUUUUACGCGUGCCGAUGCUCGUACGGUCCGUCCGCCGGCGCACAGCAGCUCAGCCCCGACUCACCGGGCAGCGCGGACGCCUCGGGGACUCGCUUUCUUUAAGCCGAACUCAGCAGUUUGCGGACAGAAGCGCACCGGGACCACAACGCCAGGAUGUGCGGCAUGGGUGUGGACUUGGAGGAGAGCAGCUCAGGAGAGGAGGAGAAGGACCAGGAGGAGUACGGGAUGGGGGAGGGUGUGAGGAUGCUGCUGCCCCCGCCCCCAGCACACAGCGAGGAGGGUGCCUGGGGUGCCCGCCGGAGACCCGCCGCUUGCCUGGCCUGGGGGGCGGGGCUGGUGCUGUGGAAUGUGGGCGUGGCCACGGCCUGCCUGCUGGUCCUGGUCGCCGUGUUCGCCCUGGUGCUGCUGCCCGUCGCGCUGCUGCUCUACGCCGGCUUCCUCUGCCACUCACGCGUCAUGAACUCUCAAGCCAGUCUCUGCCAGUACCUGGAAGACAACAGCUGCUCUGCUUUCAUAAUCCUGGGCUUUGUGAUGAUGUCACCACUGGUGGUAGUCGCCGCGGCGACCUUCUGUGGCCUGGCACGCAGGCUCCGCCUCUUCCUGCUCUUCCAGCCCAUUGCACGUGCUUGUUACCGUGGAGAGAGGUUCUGGGUCUGGGGUGGAGAUGUUAGGGCCUGGGUGUGAGAGCGCUUGUCUUGUGCCCUGGGGGGCAUAUUUCCCAAUCUGGGGGGGGGGGGGGGGGCUCUAAUGAUGGUUGCUGUGUAAUUUAUCCCAAUCACAGCUCCUCUACUGAUGUGAUCGUUGUUUGCAGGGACUGAAAAUGACUCAGUGAAUUCAUGAUACUCAUUGAUCUAGUAUAGGAUUUCGAUACGAGCCAUUAAUUAUGAGGGAAGGUUUCUCACAGGAAUUGGGGAUAAAAUGAGUGUAAGUCUUUGGGAGUUAGCCACCUACUUUUGGCCAGUAAAAAUAAUGCAUAAUCACUCGAAGAAAAAAAAACAUUAAGAUGUGUUUUACUGCAUAGUCAGGAACAAUACUAGGUUAGAAAAGAACGGAACAUUCGCUCAGAGUGGCACGGAACAAUGUUGGAUCCAAGCUUCUCAUCAGUUCCUUGUAAGUUUUAUUCCCUCAAACUAGCUGAAGUAAGUAGCUUAGAUCUUACUUAGUUCAGCUGUUAUUCGGCGAAUAGAAUCAGCUCAAUAUUUUUGGGUUCUCAUGUACACUACCAGUCAAAAGUAUUUACACACCACUGGAUUUUACAACUUUUCCAUUUCUUUAAUAAAAAACAGAUUUUUUUAUCCUUCUUAAGCAUUGGGAAGUUCAAUGAACAACUAUAAAUGAAAAAAUAAGUCAAAUAAAAUAAGUUUCCUUUAUAACACGUAAAGGGUAAGUAACAGUGCAUGUCUGGCAUCCUAUUAACUGGUUGUAUUUGACAGAGUCAAAUUCUAGGCUGUCCUUUAACUUUAAAUGCCCUCGUUAAUCGUAUGAUGCCAUGAAACACAGCGGUAUUUAAUGCCUCUUUUGAACGCCUCAAAUCUUCUCUGCUGUUAUAACUGCUAGAGGAGGUUACUUUGAUGAAUCAAAGAUAUGGCAUUUUCUUGCUAAUAAAAGUACUCAAAUGAUGAACAUAUUGUACAUUUAUUUGUUAAAGAAAAUUGAGUGUAUUUUUCGUAAAUGCUAAGUGUGUAACAUGCAAAUGUAGAAAAUCUCAGUGAAAAAAUCGUUUGACUGGUAGUGUAGCUAAGCCUGCAGCCAAUGGGCCUGAUUUAUGUGAGAUGUGGCCGUUAGUCUCUGUCGCCAGGCAGUUUAAUUGUGCUUCAGAACCACGUUCUGCAUUGUAGCUGUAUUUUCCGAAAGUCACAUCUGAUCACGGACGCUUUUCCCCGUGAUGCUGAUGUUACACACUCAUCACAGCGCCUCUGCUGCUCGAGAGGUGGAAGAUCGCAGGGGGAUUUAAGUAACUAAAAAUGUUUCGUUUUGCUAUUCUCUGCUGUACCGAUGAUAGAUGUGACGUUCCCUGUUUACUUUUUACAUCUCACAGUCUGCUGGUGUACCUGUAUAUCUGUCACUGUGGAUAUAAAUAA